AUCUGCUGAUUUAGGUCCUAAUUUAUUGACAAGAUCUGGACAACCAACACUUACCAGAGUGCCCCCACCUAUUCUUCCAAGGCCAUCACAGCAGACAGGAAGCAGCAGUGUGAACACUUUCAGACCUGCUUACAGUUCAUUAUCUUCUGGAUACGGUGCCUAUGGAAAUUCAUUUUAUGGAAGCUAUAGCCCUUACAGCUAUGGAUAUAAUGGGUUGGGCUAUAACCGCCUCCGUGUAGAUGAUCUUCCACCUAGUAGAUUUGUUCAACAAGCUGAAGAAAGCAGCAGAGGUGCAUUUCAGUCCAUUGAAAGUAUCGUGCAUGCAUUUGCCUCUGUCAGUAUGAUGAUGGAUGCUACCUUUUCAGCUGUCUAUAACAGUUUCAGGGCUGUACUGGAUGUAGCAAAUCACUUUUCCCGAUUAAAAAUACACUUUACAAAGGUUUUUUCAGCUUUUGCAUUAGUUAGGACUAUAAGGUAUCUUUACAGACGGUUCCAGAGGAUAAUGGGUUUAAGAAGAGGCUCUGAGAAUGAAGACCUGUGGGCAGAAAGUGAAGGAACUGUGGCUCAUCUGGGUGCUGAGCACCAAGCAGCUAACUCAGCAAAAUCUUGGCCAAUUUUCUUGUUCUUUGCUGUUGUCCUUGGUGGUCCUUACCUCAUCUGGAAACUGCUGUCUACCUACAGUGAUGAAGUAACAGGUAAGAGUAAGGAAAUGGGUUCAGAAACUAUAACAGUCUCAAAUUUCAAGAAUGG